AUGAUGAAUUUGUUGGGUCGGUUUGGCCCCGUAUGUGAGCAGUUAUUCCCCAAGAAACCAGGACAAUAUAUUGUAUUAGCAACACAAUCACAGACUCUUCGGUGCCGUGCUGCCGCCACAAUCUCCGGCACAUCCACUGUGCCAGUCGCCCCAUCACCAAAUGUAAACGCGCUAACACCCGCACAGUUGGCCAGAUUACAUGUUCGCCAGUUCCACACGGUGGGGAUCAGUGGCAGGAAGGUGAGGCCGAGGUUUCUGCUUGAGCCUGAUGGCAGCCUCAAAGCCAGCAGCUACCGUGAGAUCGGCACCCUGAUUCGGAUUGUUGGAGGACUGGGCAGGUUUCUGAAAGUCCGCUACUUAGUUCUGUUUGGGGGUGCAGGUGGAGGCUAUGCCGCCAGUCAGCAAGUGGAGAAGAUCAAGAGCUACAUCCCGGAUAUGGAGUGGAUGAAGCAGUAUAUCCCUGACUCCGACACCAUCAAUGAGUGGAUACCUGAUUGGAGGAGCUGGCAUGUCAGGGAACAGGCUGCCGUGUCUUUCAGAACCUUGCUACAACAAGUCUCAGAGGUCAUGCCUGAGAGGGGAUGGUUGAAAGACAAGCUUCAGGACCUGCCAGACUUUCGCACCAAAAUAACGGAACUAAGAGAGAAGCUCAAGGCUUCCUUGCCAUCAGAGUUCUCCACAACUAUCAUUGAAGAGUCUGAUGCUGCGGCUUUCAAUGUCACCUCUGCCAAGCUUGGCUCUUCCGCGUCUUCUGAUGAUGGUCAUAAAGAGUCAGAACAUGAAGAUGCUAGCUACCUCUAUCGCACUGACCUAGAUUCCCACCAGCAGGGCUAUUACGAUGUGAUCAUUGACCCAGAGCCACAGGCAACAAGGCAGAAGAUCCAAGAAGAGAUCAUGGACAUCCAGUUGAGGUACCAGAAGGAGAUAGAGCGAUUAGAGAAGGAUAACAGAGAGCUGCGUAAACAAUUGUUGUUGAAAGAACAAAAGACGGGGGGAAAGCCACGAGCAAUGAAG